AUGGGGAUUUUUCCAUUAAAUAUAACACAAAAUGGGGAUUUCGUUAUUUACUACGACAAUUUACCUCGAACAAAAAGCAUGUACGGAACACGAACAAUUCUUUUGAAGCAGAAGAGGUAUCACAGUGUGACAACGAGUUUAACUUCCUCUUCUUUCUCGCCUGCUCUGUUCAUUUCUCAAAUUCUCACAGCCAACCUUUUCGGCUUGUUAAAGAUACAAAAUGCUUGUAACCCACAACCCAAUUCACUCUCUUGCCAAACCCAAAUCUUCAAUUACAAAGAAAACCAAUUAAAUUUACUUGAUUUGGAGCAUUUCUGUCAGUUCCACCAGCAUGGGUCUUUCUCAAGCCCUCUGACUCUCAGCAAAAUCAUAUCUUUUUGUGGGAAAUCAGCUUCUCUUAAUACCGGCAUUCAGCUUCAGUCAACGGUUAUCAAAAUGGGUUUCGCUUCAAAUCUUUAUAUUCAAGGCGCUCUUAUUGAUAUGUAUGGUGAAAACAGUGGAAUGUUUAGUGCUCAAAAACUGUUUGAUGGAAUACCUGAUAGAAAUGUGAUUGGUUGGAAUACUUUAAUUUCUGGUUAUGUUCAUGUUAAUUCCCCGGAACUUGCGGUUGAACAGUUUAUAAAAUUGUUAAGAACUGGGAAAAUGAAGAUUGAUGAUCAAUUUAUCUUCAACUUGUGCUGCCUGUCUGAUCUAAAAGGUUGUGUUUCCCAAAAUAUCAUUCUUUUCAUCUCCAAUCUCAAAUACAUAGAGAGUGUGCAUGGAACUGCAUCAUCCUUGGAGUUAGUAGAAGCAUGA